GCACAGUCAGCUGAAAUCCAGAGCUCGGCUCAGAAGCUCAAAGAGGGGAAGCAGACAAAACGCAGCAGCUUUGGUCAGGAAACAUCGUCUGACUCGGCGAAGGCAUGGAAUUUGGCCACGAAACGCAAACUCCAAAGGGCAAAAAGAGGGAUAUAAAUCUAGAAGCUGCAGAAAUGCUUUAAAAUGUUCUUGUAACUUUGCAUUGUUGAAAGGGUCUUUUUUAUUUUUCGUUUCAAGUGACGUGACACAGGGACAGUCUAUCUCUCAGGGCAGCCCAUCUGAAGUGGAUCAUGCCCCCUAGAUAGCAGUGUCAUCCUCCUCUCCACUCCCCCUCCCUGCCCCUUGGCCCCUUCCUCUACCUUCCCGGUCCAGCACCAUCACUGCCACCUGUGUCACCACAGCCACCAUGCCCCCCAGGAAGAGGACGCGGUCGGGCCUGGGCUUCCUGUGCUGCUUCGGCAGCAGCGAGCCUCCGGAGAUCAACCUUAAAGACAGCGUACCCCUGCAGCUGCUGGAGUUCAGCGCCCCCAUGCCACCCGCUGAGGAGCUGCACGCACGUUUCUCCGAACUGGUGGAUGAACUGGACCUGACGGAUAAGAACAGGGAAGCCAUGUUUGCUCUGCCCGAUGAGAAGAAGUGGCAGAUCUACUGCAGCAAGAAGAAGGAGCAAGAGGACCCCAACAAGCUGGCUACCAGCUGGCCCGACUACUACAUUGACCGCAUCAACUCCAUGGCUGCUAUGCAGACCCUGUUUGCCUUCGAUGAGGAGGAAAUGGAAAUGAGGAACAAGGUGGUAGAAGAUCUGAAGACAGCACUUCGGACUCAGCCAAUGAGGUUCGUCACGCGCUUCAUCGAGCUCGACGGCCUCACCUGCCUCCUCAACUUCCUGCGCAGCAUGGACUACGAGACGUCGGAGAGCCGCGUCCACACCUCCGUAAUCGGCUGCAUCAAGGCCCUGAUGAACAACUCCCAGGGCCGCGCGCACGUCCUGGCUCACCCACAGAGCAUCAACACCAUCUCGCAGAGCCUGCGGACGGAGAACAUCAAGACCAAAGUGGCGGUGCUGGAGAUUCUUGGGGCGGUGUGCCUGGUGCCCGACGGACACAAGAAGGUGCUGCAGGCCAUGGCACACUACCAGAAAUACGCUGCGGAGAGGACACGCUUUCAGACGCUGCUGAAUGAGCUGGACAAGAGUACAGGCCGCUACAGAGACGAGGUCAACUUAAAAACGGCCAUCAUGUCCUUCAUCAACGCUGUGCUCAAUGCCGGAGCUGGGGAGGACAACCUUGAGUUCCGCCUCCACCUAAGGUACGAGUUCCUGAUGUUGGGCAUCCAGCCGGUCAUCGACAAGCUCAGAGAGCACGAGAACGCCACUCUGGACAGGCAUUUGGACUUCUUUGAGAUGGUGCGGAAUGAGGAUGACUCUGAGUUGGCCAAAAGAUUUGAUAUGACCCACGUAGAUACUAAGAGUGCCAGUGCCAUGUUUGAGCUGGUCAAGAAGAAGCUGAGCCACACAGACGCCUACCCCAACCUCCUCUCCAUCCUCCAGCACUGCCUGCAGAUGCCCUAUAAACGGGGCGGUGGUAGCCUGCAGCACUGGCAGCUCUUAGACAGGAUCCUCCAGCAGCUAGUCCUACAGGACGACAAGGGAGAGGACCCCGACAGCGCCCCUCUGGACAACUUCAAUGUUAAGAACAUCAUUCGCAUGUUGGUCAAUGAGAACGAGGUGAAACAGUGGCGAGACCAGGCAGAGAAGUUCAGGAAAGAUCAUGUGGAGCUGCUAGGUAAACUAGAGAGGAAAGAGCGGGAGUGUGAUACCAAGACCCAGGAAAAGGAGGACAUGAUGAAGACUUUGAACAAGAUGAAGGACAAACUCCAGCGUGAGGGAGUGGAGCUGCGCUCAGCCAGGGAACAAGUCCUAGACCUGUCGACACGCAUCAACGACAUAUCUGGCGUCGGUGUGUCUUUCCCCCCUCUCCCUCCUCCGCCUGGCGGCCCCAUGGCUCCUCCUCCACCCCCUAUGAUGGCUGGCUUUCCUCCACCUCCUCCUCCGCUACCAUUCAGCUGCCCGCCUCCUCCACCACCUCCCCCACCACCUGGAGCACCGCCUCCUCCUCCAGGAGCCCCUCCCAUUUUUGGAGCCCCGCCUCCUCCUAUUCCCUCUUCAUUCAACUCAGCGAGCACCAUGUGCUCCAAGUCCAUCCCUCAGCCUUCUCAUCCCCUGAAGUCCUUCAACUGGGCCAAACUGGGAGAGAAUGUGAUCAAUGGCACCAUAUGGAAUGACAUCGAUGACCUGAGAGCUUUCAAGAUUCUUGACCUCAAGGACAUAGAGAAGAUGUUUUCAGCCUAUCAGAGACAACAGGACCUGCUCACUAACCAAUCCUUCAAACAGAAAGAGACGGGCUCUAUGGACGACAUAUACGUCAGCACGCGGAAGGUCAAAGAGCUGUCUGUCAUCGACGGUAGACGUGCACAGAAUUGUAUCAUCCUUCUUUCAAAGUUAAAAAUGAGCAAUGAAGAGAUCAAGAGGGCGAUCCUCGAGAUGGAUGAGAGGGAAGAGCUAGCCAAAGAUAUGCUGGAGCAGCUGCUGAAGUUUGUCCCAGAAAAAAGUGACAUUGAUCUCUUGGAGGAGCACAAACAUGAGCUGGAGCGCAUGGCGCGGGCUGAUCGCUUCCUCUUUGAAAUGAGCAGAAUUGACCACUACCAGCAGAGACUGCAGGCUCUGUUCUUUAAGAAGAAGUUUGCAGAGCGCCUCGCUGAAACCAAGCCUAAGGUUGAAGCCAUCCUGAAUGCUUCCAAGGAGGUGGUCCGGAGCAAGAGGCUGACUCAGAUCCUGGAGGUGGUGCUGGCUUUCGGCAACUUCAUGAACAAGGGCCAGAGAGGCAACGCAUACGGCUUCAAGGUCUCCAGCCUCAACAAGAUCGCUGACACCAAGUCCAGCAUAGACAGAAACAUCACCAUGUUGCACUACCUGAUCAUGAUCGUCGAGAAGAACUACAAUGACACGCUCCACAUCCAGGAAGACCUCAGCAGUGUACCAGAGGCUGCCAAAGUCAAUUUGUCGGAGUUGGAAAAAGAGGUGCACAAUAUCAAAAGUGGACUGAAGGCUCUAGAGGCGGAGCUGCAAUACCAGCAGAGCAGGACGAGGGAACGCGGGGACAAGUUCGUGGCUGUGAUCGGUGACUUCAUCACCGUGGCUGGCUUCAGCUUUUCUGAACUGGAGGACCAGCUGAGUGAAGCCAAGGACAAGUUCACCAAAUCUCUGAAGCACUUUGGGGAGGAAGAAGGGAGGAUGCAGCCCGAUGAGUUCUUUGGGAUCUUCGACACCUUUUUACAGUCGUUCAGCGAAGCGCGGCAGGACCUGGAGAACAUGCAGCGGCGUAAAGAUGAGGAGGAGAGGAGGGCACGAAUGGAGGCCAUGCUCAAGGAGCAGAGGGAGCGAGAACGGCGGGCCAAGAAGAGCGGAGCCUCAGACGAGGUCGGCGGAGAGUUUGACGACCUGGUGUCGGCGUUGCGUUCCGGUGAGGUCUUUGACAAGGACCUGAACAAAUUCAAGCGCAACCGCAAGCGCUCCGUCAACCAGCUGGUGGAGGGUGGGGGCCGCGAGCGAGCUGUCACCAAGGUAAACUACUAGUUCGGGGGAAAAAGGAAGGGAAAAAAUAAAUAAACACUAGACACCAAAAUUCUGCCCUGGUGUAGAUCUCUUAACACCUUUUCAGUCCAUGAACGUUGGAGAGGAUGUGAAUAACGGCUGGACUGGACAUGUAGCCACAUGUGUGGACAGCCACGCCGUUUUGAAGGAUGCAGCACCCUCCUCUGAUUGGUCUUGUAAAGCUAUUCCCAACCGGUUUGUCCUGGGCCUUGUAUGAUCUCCUGAGCUGGGCGAAGGACGGUUGGGAUCUAUGGAUGGACGGACAGACCACUGUGACACAUUAUCCCAUAUAUUUUGACCAUAUCCUCUAUAACACUGUGCUACAAGCUUCCAGCUCUCUAUCACCCCGCUGUUUUUCCCUGCUCUUUGUUUUCCCUCACAAACCCCUUCACUCUUCCUCUGAAAGUUCCUUGGUGCUGGAGCCGUCCUAUCUUUUUUGCUCCCUGGCUCUAAAACACACAGGACUUUGGGAUCAGCCAGUCACAGUGUACAUAGACUCCAGGCCAAGAGAAAGGAUUGGGAAAACUGACAAAAGAAGGUGGGAAAGGGGGGGAACUAAGCCAUCACCUCCACAGUCAAUGGUUGCUUCAAGUGUGACACAGAAUGGAUGGGUAUCCAUGAACUUCCUUUACUGGAAAGAGGGGUGUGUAUUCCGCAAAUCCCAGAGCUUUGUAGGCUUCUGAAAGAUUGUUGGAACGAUACACAACGGGGGGGUUAUCGCUUCAGCCCAACGGCCACCUCCAGCGCACAGCGUUCCCAGGAAGGACGUACGUAUGUACAUCCCAAACAGCAGUUUUUAGAGGAUACAACUCAAGGAAAACCAACUUGUCGGCUUGAUCCACCUGACAAAAUGACAACUGUGCCACAAGGGUCAAGCCUCACCUCCACUCUUCACUGGUUUCAACGUUGUUCUGGCAUGAACCAGUGCCACAGCAAAGAGAAAGCAAAUGUAAAUGUACUAAUACAAAACAUACUGCAAUUAGGCGUUGAUAUAUAUUUAUAUUUAGAUGCAGACAAGCUAAUUGCAAAGAUGUAGAGGUUUUUUUUGUUUUCAUGGCAUUUUUGGGGUUUUGUACACGCGACGCAUUAUUUGUUGGUGUUGCAAGUUCACAUUGACGUCGGAAGUGAAUUUCUAUACAAUAUUGCGCUUUAUGUCAAAGAGAUAAUUGCUCGUCCUUUUCACACCUGUAUGUCUUGUUUGCACUGUAGCUUUUCUGACCAACUUUACACUCCACAAGCCGAUCCAAACUGUCCUCUGGAAACAGUUUUCUCUGUGCUAAAAUGACCUUUUAUCUAUAACGAAGUUAAUGGAAUGCCAUAUACUGUACGAAUUCAGACCUGGAGUCUGCAUGGUCUGAAUGUGUGGUCCGAUCCAUCGGCUGCAGCCAAAUGCAGACCAUGUGUGAACUCGGCAGUAUAGCAGCCAAAAGGAUGCUGUAUAGCAGUUCCCAUUGGGCCUUUAAUGAUCUCAUCCAUAGUAUCUGAAGGAUCUGUUACACUGGUGCUAAAACAUGUGGUCUCAAGACAGAGCCAUCAAUCCAGUUAAAGAUUUCUCAAGGUAAACUAUCGCUUGAUUGCUCUGUUGCCACGAUUCAGGCUCAUCAUGCAGUGUUUCUGUGCGCUUUUAUUUCAGUUGGCGUUGUAAUUCGUCUGUUAUUGCAAAGUCAGGGUACAACAAAGCACUUAAAGGGUGUAGAUUUAAAAUAGAGUGGCUUGAUGCAAAUGAGUUGCAUACUGGUGGACAUUAACAGGACACCAACAGCCUCAGAGAGCAUCUUUCCUUCCAGCUUCUCUGAAACGUUUUGAGAUACGGCCCUGUUACUAUGGGCAACCUUUUGCCAAACAAGAGUCCGACCUACAUACUGAAGCCAACCGAGGUCAUUUUUCUUUAAGUUUUUGAAAUAUUCAAGGAGGUAUAUUUUUUUAUUUAUAUAUGCAUUUCUAAAACCUUAGCAGUAGGCAUGACAAAGGCUGCAAUGCAAAGUAUGGGCUCGCCUCAGUACAACAUUAAGAUGGUCUUUUUUGAAGAUGGACAUCCAGUACAGUACAGGAUAGCUUGCUACAGGAGGUGUACCCACACAGAGGGCUGUAAUCCUGGGGUGAGGGCUCUUCUGCGGAAGGAGUCACUCCCGGUCAAUUCUUAGGGAGAAGAGGAAGCAUUUUGGGGAAAAGUGUGGAUCCAUUAAAAACAAGAAUCAUAUGAACAUGCAUCUUAAUGGAAGCAGAUAGAGUGCAACACACAUAAAGUCUAUAGUGAAUAUCCUGGUGUCAUCCUGCUAAUCAUCCAUUUCUGUUCUUAGAUAACCCAUUUUAGUCAUUUAAUCUGCAUUGCAUGGUUACUAUAGUACAGUAUAGAGCCAUAUGUGAGCUGUCCAGCAGGAAAAUUACUUAUUCUUUUUCAGAACAAAUU